GAUGCUGACUUUUCUUGUGUCGAGAAGUAGCUUGACAAUCGCCUCGUGGCCUCCUGCGGCAGCCCAUGAGAGCGGUGUCCGGCCAUACUUGGUGUCUCUAGCAUCGAUGUCGACUUUGCUUGUGUCGAGAAGAAGCUUGACAAUAGCCUCGUGGCCUCUUGCGGCAGCCAGCCAGAGCGGUGUCCGGCCACACUUGUCUUGACCAUCGAUGUCGACUUUGCCUGUGUCGAGAAGAAGCUUGACAAUAGCCUCGUGGCCUCCUGCGGCAGCCCAUGAGAGCGGUGUCCGGCCAUACUUGGUGUCUCUAGAAUCGAUGUUGACUUUUCCUGUGUCGAGAAGCAGCUUGACAAUAGC